UCCCUCCCCCCACCUUUCUCUCUCUCUCUCUCUCGAUCGAUCGAUUUCCAUAACGGUCACAAUGGAUCUAGAGAAGAAGAUGAACGGUCGGCCAAAACCGAUAUUAGCCGGCGUCGAUUACCCCACCGGAACUGAGGAUCUUCUUCAGUUAUCGUUAUCUUCUCCGGCUUGCCGAGAUGUCAACUACAGCUGUGGUUCCUGUGGCUACAACUUAAAUCUAAAUUCCUGCAAUCGCAACACCUCAGUAAUCGGAGCUAAAUAUGGGAAAUCAAUAAAGAAAGGGAUUAUUUCAUUCUUUUCCAUUGAUGAGAGCAGAUUCUCUCAGAUUGACGAGCUUCAAUUCAUGCCCUUCUUCACCUCCAAGCGAUUUUGGGGUUUGUUUCGACAAAGAACCAAGCUGCUUUGCCGUAAAUGUGGUAGCUUGAUUGGAAUAGCUUACAGUGAGAAUAGUAAUUUCUACACUGUCAAAACGGGUAAGCAGGAUCUAACAUCAUGGGAUGGAAUCUCUGGUCAUAAAACUUACGAUAUCAAAAUCCAUGCUUUGCAGCCUUCAUUUUCUAGGGAUUCUGGUAUUUUCAUGUGAUGUCCUUAUAAAUUAAUCAACAAGAUAGAACCAGAGACUCAAGUGUUCUUAUGAAGAGAGCCACAAUUCAUUGUCUGGAGGAUUCAUCCUCAUCAUGCUUUGGCUGAAAUUGAUUUAAACUGAAGUGACAUUGGCUCUCUAGGAAAUUCAUCAUUAGUUGGAACUUUUAUAAAAGUCUCAGAUGUAUCCUAUAAAUACUCACCUAGUAAAUUUUUGUGUCAUGUGAUUUAUUUGUCUAAUUUACUUAGUAUAAUUGUCGACGUUGUACACCUAAUGAGAUUAAGGCUUGCAAUUGUUGUUGUUGAGUUAAUUUACCAUCAAAAUAAUAGGCCAAGUACCUGUAUUGCGAGCUCCUAGGGGCAUUCAAGUUGAGCUGUUAUGUAAUUUUCUUGUAAGAAGCCUUUGUUUAAAAUUCUGUGUUGUGAUCUUAUUCACAUUGCUCUGCUUCUCCAACUAAAUGUAAACCAAACCAUUAUUCCAGUGAAUUAGAC